GAGUUCGUGCACCAUAUUCCAUCGAGGAGAGAGCUACAGUAGUAGUUCGGUGACUGCGGAGACAGCGAUUUUGGCAACAUGGAUGACGUUGUGGGGAUUAUUAUUACUAACGGAUUUUAAUUGGGAACGACCGGUAAAAUGGCAGAGCGGUUGGAGUGGGUGGAGAUCAUAGAGCCGCGCACGCGGGAACGCAUGUAUGCCAAUCUCCUCACCGGAGAGUGUGUGUGGGACCCCCCUCAAGGGGUACGUAUUAAGAGGACAGGGGACAACCAGUGGUGGGAGCUGUUUGACCCCAACACCUCCCGCUUCUACUACUACAAUGCUUCCACGCAACGUACCGUCUGGCACCGCCCUCAGGCCUGUGACAUCAUUCCCCUCGCCAAGCUACAGACGCUGAAGCAGCACACGGAUGUUCCUUGCCCGGGAGGGGGAGGGACAGGGGGAGAAAGAGGGGGGAGGACGUCAGCUGAUAACAGCCCGGGAAGGAGCAGUGCGGUCAGUAGAGAGGGGAGCACCUCAUCUUCACUGGACCAGGAACUGACCGCAUCAGAGAAACAGGGGAACAGAGAGGAGGCAGACAGAACCUCUCCAUUCAGAUGGAACACAGGUACCAAGGAGAGGAUGCUGAUCAAGGUGACAGACAGAGAACCCAGCUUCCUCUCUCACCAGGGGAACGGUUACUCCCCCUGCGACCCCCCUACCCUCACCCCUGCACCUGGCACAGGCACCGCCUCCCGUACCCGCCGUUCCUCUGGAGGCUCCGCCACCCCUGACACCGGCCCCGACGGCUCUCCAAUCCUCUACGUCGACCGCCGCCAGUCGCCCUUCCUGAAACGUGCGGAGCUAGGGGGCGGAGGUACCGGGACACACCGUCGCCCCUCGGCCGACUCACAGCCCUCCUCCCCCCGCUACGCCUACGAACCACCCCUCUACGAGGAGCCCCCCUCGGAGUUCCAGUCCCCGCCCAUCUACGAGGAACCGCCCACAGACGUGAUGCACCACCUAGGCUCUGACUCCUCCUUGCUGUAUGGCACAGGGAAGUCCCCGGCCCGGGGAAAGCCCUCCUCGGCGACGCCCCUCUAUCACUCUCCCAAACAGAGCCACUCCCCCUACGGCCAGCUGGUGCUGACCAGACAGAAGUGUCCAGAGAAGACCCAGAGUCUGGAGUACAGCCCUGCUGGGAAGGAGUAUGUCAAACAGCUGGUCUACGUGGAACAGUCCUCCUCCAGCCCACGUUCUAAGACAGCCGACCGGCUCCUUCACUACGGGACCUCCACGGCCACCCCAUCCUCCAUGGGAGGGUAUGGGGGCUCCUACGGAGGAUCCUACACCCUCCAACACAGCCAGAGUCUGAUACGGGACCCCCGGCUGCUGCUGGACUACGGGAGCGAGGAGGGGGGCGAGGGCGGAGGCCAGAGAUUGCUCUACGAGGACUCUAUGUCCUGGAGCUCCAGUCAGCACCACUCCCUCUCCCUCUCUGGGUCUACAGGUGGAGGGGGCUUCUCGCCCGGGGGGAACCGCAAACGCAAGACCCGGAAACCGUCCCUGCCCCAGGAGCUGGGAAGGUGUGGAGGGGGUGGUGGUGUUGGGGCGGACUGGGAGGAGGGGCCGAUGUCGGGGACCCUGUCAGAGGCAGUGUUGAACCAGGCCAGGCUGGCAUGGGAGGCCCAGCAAGUGAUGAAACAGAGGAGCAGUUGGGAAUCAGCCUCGGGGGAAGGGGGCUCGGCCAGGGGCUCUAACCAGGGAGGAGGGUCAAAAGACGGGUACGAGAGUGAUGGGGCGGUGCCCCUGCCCCUGCCAGGCCCAGUGGUGAGGGCGUUUAGCGAGGAUGAGGCGUUAGCACAGAGCGACGGGCACCGCGGGCAUUACCACUGGAAACGCAGCACCUUCGACAGACUGGGCUUCCCUCAGGCACUGCUGGAGAAGAGCCUGUCUGUACAGACCAACCUGGCCUCGCCUGAACCCUUCCUACACCCCUCACAGUCGGAGGAUCUUGGAGCGUGUGCUCAGUUCGAGGCGAGUCGGAAUGCUCGGAACAUGAUGCCCAGUGCCAGCUGUGGAGUGUUCCCAGAAUUUACCUUGAGGAAGCCGUCCUCCGAGACCGACAUUGAGAACUGGGCCUCCAAACACUUUAACAAACACACACAGGGUCUGUUCCGGCGCAAGGUGUCCAUAGCCAACAUGCUGGCGUGGAGCAGUGAGCCAAUCAAAAAGCCCAUGAUCGUGACGUCAGACCGUGCGGUGAAGAGAGAGGCGGUGGAGAUCUUUAAACUCAUCCAGACCUACAUGGGAGACCGCCGGGCCAAGACUGACCCGCUCACUGUCGCCCUGGAGACUGGCCCCCUGAACAUCGCCCUAGAGGUGGCAGUGCGUGGUUGGAGCAGCCAGGGUCUUCGUGAUGAACUCUACAUUCAGCUGUGUCGUCAGACUACAGAGAACUUCCGCUACGAUAGUCUGGAGAGGGGCUGGGAGCUCAUGGCUGUGUGUCUGGCCUUCUUCCCGCCUACACCUCGCUUCCACUCCUACCUGGAGGGAUACAUCUACAGACACAUGGACCCCCUUAACGAUACUAAAGGAGUGGCGAUCAGCGGCUAUGCCAAAUACUGUUACCGUAAACUGCAGAAGGCUGCUCUGACCGGGGCGAAGAAGGGGUUGCAGAAGCCGUGUCUGGAGGAGAUUAAACACGCCAGGAACGCCAUCUUCAGCCCCUCCAUGUUUGGCUCUUCCCUGGAGGAAGUGAUGUCACUGCAGAAGGAGCGUUACCCCGACAGCCAGCUGCCCUGGGUCCAGACACGCCUCUCUGAGGAGGUCCUGGGUCUUAAUGGAGACCAAAUAGAGGGCAUCUUCAGGGUUCCAGGUGACAUAGAUGAGGUCAACGCUCUCAAACUGCAAGUGGACCAAUGGAAGAUCCCCACGGACCUGGAGGACCCACACAUCCCAGCCUCUCUGUUGAAGUUGUGGUACAGGGAGUUGGAGGAGCCGUUGAUUCCUCAUGAGUUCUAUGAGGAGUGUAUCACUCACUAUGAUGACCCUGAGGCUGCAGUCAACGUAGUGAUGGGUCUUCCUCACAUCAACAAACUGGUGCUCUGCUACCUCAUACGCUUUCUACAGGUGUUUGGCCAGCCUGCCAACGUGGUGAUCACUAAGAUGGAUGUGAACAACCUGGCCAUGGUGAUGGCCCCUAACUGCCUGCGUUGCCAGUCCGACGACCCACGCAUCAUCUUUGAGAACACACGCAAAGAGAUGUCCUUCAUCCGCGUGCUCAUCCAGCGCCUCGACACUAGCUUCAUGGACAGAUUGCUAUAGCCCCCCAAACCCUGCUCCUGUACCCCAGCCAAUGACACAGGACCCCCAUUGCCCUGCUAUAGCCCCCCAAACCCUGCUCCUGUACCCCAGCCAAUGACACAGGACCCCCACCUCCCUGAUAUAGCCCCCCCCAAACCCUGCUCCAUCACCCCAGGCCAACGACACAGGACCCCCAUUGCCCUGCUAUAGCCCCCAAACCCUGCUCCUGUACCCCAGCCAAUGACACAGGACCCCCACCUCCCUGCUAUAGCCCCCCCCAAACCCUGCUCCUAUACCCCAGCCAAUGACACAGGACCCCCACCUCCCUGCUAUAGCCCCCCCAAACCCUGCUCCUAUACCCCAGCCAAUGACACAGGACCCCCACCUCCCUGCUAUAGCCCCCCAAACCCUGCCUCUGCACCCCAGGCCAACUUCACAGGACCCCCAAACCCUGCUCCUAUACCCCAGCCAAUGACACAGGACCCCCACCUCCCUGCUAUAGCCCCCCAAACCCUGCCUCUGCACCCCAGGCCAACGAUACGGGACCCCAACCUCCCUGCUAUAGCCCCCAAACCCUGCCUCUGCAACCCAGGCCAACGACAUAGGACCCCAACCACCCUGCUAUAGCCCCCAAAACCCAACUCCUGUACCCCAGGCCAAUGAUACAGGACCCCCACCUCCCUGCUAUAGCCCCCCCCAAACCCUGCUCCUGUACCCCAGGGCAAUGACACGGGACCACCUCCUUCCCCCUCCCUGUUAUAGCCCCCAAACCCUGCUCCUGUACCUCAGACCAACAUCAUCGGACCCCAAUCCCCUUCCCUGCUAUAGCCCCCCACUUUUAACUUCUCAACCAGAAACAACCACACAGGAUGCCCCCAACUUUGACUGUACCCUUAAACCUCCCAAGGACCCACCGGCCCCCAGACACUGCUAUAGCCCCCAACAAUAACUGUACCCCCGACCAACUAGUUGGGACAUCCCCCAACUCCAACUACUGCCCACUAAACCCAGCUAAAACCCCAACUUCAACUACUGCCCAUUAAACCCAGCUAUAACCUCCCAACUUCAACUACUGCCCGCUAAACCCAGCUAUAACCUCCCAACUUCAACUACUGCCUGCUAAACCCAGCUAUAACCUCCCAACUUCAACUACUGCCUGCUAAACCCAGCUAUAACCUCCCAACUUCAACUACUGCCCGCUAAACCCAGCUAUAACCUCCCAACUUCAACUACUGCCCGCUAAACCCAGCUAUAACCUCCCAACUUCAACUACUGCCCGCUAAACCCAGCUAUAACCUCCCAACUUCAACUACUGCCCGCUAAACCCCACUGUAACCUCCCAACUUCAACUACUGCCCACUAAACCCAGCUAUAACCUCCCAACUUCAACUACUGCCCGCUAAAGCCAGCUAUAACCUCCCAACUUCAACUACUGCCCACUAAACCCAGCUAUAACCUCCCAACUUCAACUACUGCCCGCUAAAGCCAGCUAUAACCUCCCAACUUCAACUACUGCCCACUAAACCCAGCUAUAACCUCCCAACUUCAACUACUGCCCGCUAAACCCCAACUGUAACCUCCCAACUUCAACUACUGCCCAUUAAACCCAGCUAUAACCUCCCAACUUCAACUACUGCCCGCUAAAGCCAGCUAUAACCUCCCAACUUCAACUACUGCCCACUAAACCCAGCUAUAACCUCCCAACUUCAACUACUGCCCACUAAUCCCAGCUGUAACCUCCCAACUUCAACUACUGCCCACUAAACCCAGCUAUAACCUCCCAACUUCAACUACUGAAAAUUAAUCCCAGCUGUAACCUCCCAACUUCAACUACUGCCCACUCAACCCAGCUAUAACCUCCCAACUUCAACUAUUACCCACUAAACCCAGCUAUAACCUCCCAACUUCAACUACUGCCCACUAAACCCAGCUAUAACCUCCCAACUUCAACUACUGCCCGCUAAACCCCAACUGUAACCUCCCAACUUCAACUACUGCCCAUUAAACCCAGCUAUAACCUCCCAACUUCAACUACUGCCCACUAAUCCCAGCUGUAACCUCCCAACUUCAACUACUGCCCACUAAACCCAGCUAUAACCGCCCAACUUCAACUACUGCCCGCUAAUGCCAGCUAUAACCUCCCAACUUCAACUACUGCCCAUUAAACCCAGCUAUAACCUCCCAACUUCAACUACUGCCCACUAAUCCCAGCUGUAACCUCCCAACUUCAACUACUGCCCACUAAACCCAGCUAUAACCUCCCAACUUCAACUACUGAAAAUUAAUCCCAGCUAUAACCUCCAAACUCCAACUACUGCCCGCUAAACCCCACUGUAACCUCCCAACUUCAACUACUGCCCACUAAACCCAGCUGUAACCUCCCAACUUCAACUACUGGCCCCCAAACCAGGAUGACCCCUAUCUCCCAGGCGGAGUCUCAUCCCAGUCUGAGCCUGACCCCUCUACCGCCACUCUACACACAGGGACUUGCAUCGCACAGACAUUGUAUAGGGUUACACACACACUCACCUAGACAUACUCUCACAUGUACAUUUACUGACACACACACACAUACUCUCACUUCUAUAGUACACAUCCAUAUACACAAUGACAAUGCUUAGAGUGACAAAUGGCUGACCAACACAGUACAAGAUCGAUGUGAUCAACCUAUAUCAUUAUUGAGAUAUACUCAGUCUACUAUUGUCAUAAAUACACACAAUGUCGCACACACACACACACAGCUGUUUGGCUCCCUACCCACCCAAAUGGCUAUCACUGUCCAACAUGUUUUGGUGCUGUCCACUCCCCAGUCCCCGCCUCUCUCCCAAUACAAACCAAUCACGUCUGCUUCCCCCUUCCUGAUUCCCUGUGAGUUCUCAAAUCAGUCCACCUAUCAGCUCCAAGCCUAGAGAAACAUUCACACUGCCAUGAAGUCCCGUUUAUCUGUCUGCACUGUUGUCACCAACCAACUAAUGUCGAUAAAGUUAUUUUAUUUUGGACGGCGGUGGCUGAUCCAGGACAGGUUUUAGAGGGGAUCACCGCAGCACUGCCAAUCAACUGUGUCUGUCGCAACAGGAAGGGAUGUCAGACACUGUUCCACAGGACUUCCUGUGAGACUUUCGAAAUACUGAUUUAACCCCUGCACCCCCUACCACCCAUCCCCUUGGCCAUAGCCACUUCUGCCCCCUUCACCCCUCUGACCCCCCAGACAACCACACAACCUCACCCUCCCCUCACCUCUCCUCACUCAACCCUCUUCACCCCUCUUCAGCCCUCCUCACUCACCCCUCUUCACUACUCUUCAGCCCUCUUCAGCUCACCUCACUCACCCCUUUUCACCCCUCUUCAGCCUUCCUCACCCCUCUUCACCCCUCUUCAGCCCCCUUCACCCCUCCUCAUCCCUCUUCACCCCUCUUCACCCCUCUUCACUACUCUUCAGCCUUCUUCAGCUCACCUCACUCACCCCGUUUCACCCCUCUUCAGCCUUCCUCACCCCUCUUCACCCCUCUUCAGCCCUCUUCACCCCUCCUCAUCCCUCUUCACCCCUCUUCACCCCUCUUCAUUCCUUUUCACCCCUCUUCAUCCCUCUUCACCCCUCUUCAUUCCUUUUCACCCCUCUUCAUCCCUCUUCACCCCUCUUCAUUCCUUUUCACCCCUCUUCAUCCCUCUUCACCCCUCUUCAUUCCUCUUCACUCCUCUUCACCUACCCCCCCCUACACAUCCUCAAGACUACAUACACCUCCAUUCCCUCAUACUGACAUGAUUUCUGAAUGUCUAAAUUGAGAUCCGUCCACUUCUGUCUGUUUUUCUGUCUGUAUGUCUUUUACUCUGUCUGUUGUUUACAAAUGUACCUGUGUGUCUCCAUCUACAGGUUGUCAGAGUACUGUCUGUCUUUUGGACCCGUACAAAAGUAUGUUUUCUAUUAGCAGAUGUGACUUGGUAUGGAUUAUUAUUUUUAAAGAUAUGUUUUUUUGUUUUAUUAAUUGAUGAUUUGUUGUAUUUAACAGAGUUUUAAUGUUUUUUAACCCACUGAUUUAUAUAAUUUAAUUUAUUUGUAUUUAUUUCAGCAAUAUUUCCUUAAUGCCUUCUUCAUAGACAGUAUACUUUAGGGUUCAAAAUGUCUGUGUCUGUCUCCCAAAUGGCACCCUAUUCCUUUAUAAUACACUUAUUUUUGUCAAAAAUAGUGCACUAUAUAGGGAAUAGGAUGCACAUUGU